UCCGUCCACUCUCCGCGCAUUAUCAGCCUCGUCUCUCACCUGUGCAGUACAAAAAACUACCCUUCCCCCGCUUCCCCAACACUCCCUUCCCCAGUGAGAGCUCCGAGAAGAGAGAGAGAACCCUAGGGAGCGCCCUGAGGAGAGAGAGAGGGCGCUGCGCGCGAAGGAGAUGGAGGGAUUAUUGAUCCGAUCCGUGGCGGCGGUGGCGCUCUCCGCCGCGAUCGCGGCGAGGGCGUACAAGCGCCUCUCCCUGGACCUCUCCGGGGCGAUUCUAGGGUUCUUGGUGAUGGCGAUCCACAUCGCAGCUGGGUACAGGUUCGGAGCGCUGCUUCUCGUGUUCUUUUUCACGUCCUCGAAGCUCACGAAGAUUGGCCAGGAGAAGAAGCGGUUACUUGGGGAGGAUUUCAAGGAAGGGGGACAGCGUAACUGGGUGCAAGUUCUGGCUAAUAGCGCAAUCGCGACUGUAUUGGUAGUUGUAGUCUCGGCAAUGACCAGGGGACAUGGUAUGUGCUUGGACACAAAAAAGUCAGAUGUUGUCACUGCUCUUAUUGGUGGUAUUAUUGGGCACUAUGCCUGCUGCAAUGGAGACACUUGGUCCUCAGAAAUUGGAAUACUUAGCAAGGCACAGCCACUGCUUGUUACAAAUUUCAAGAUUGUGCGAAGGGGUACAAAUGGUGCGGUCACUUUGGAUGGGCUUUUGGCAGCUGCAGCAGCUGGAUUUGUUGUUGGCCUUAGUUAUGUCAUUACCGCAUUGCUGACAGCUGAAUGUGCUUCUGAUGUAACUUGGAGGCAGUUGCUUGUUAUACCCAUUGCUACAGCUGCUGGUCUUCUUGGGAGUCUGAUUGAUUCAUUUCUGGGUGCGACGCUUCAGUACAGUGGAUAUUGCAAUGUCCGGAAGAAGUCUGGUGUAAAUGAAGGUGGUGAGUAAACGUGGGCCAACAGUGAGCAGGAUUUCAGGAAUGAGCAUACUUGACAACAACGCCGUGAAUGCAGUUUCAGUUCUUUUGACGACAGUUCUUACGGCCUUCGCAUGCUUGUACAUCUUCUAGUUGACCUACACAGGCAACAAGUGCUUGCCCAUCGAUACUAUGUACCAUCGUGGACCAUGCCUCUCGUUAGCAACACAAUCUGCAGUUACAUAUCAAUUGUACGCUUGUUGGCUUUCUUUGAUAUACUGCUAUUUUUUGGCUUCCUUUAUUGGGAACUUUUCUGGAUCCGCACUCCAUUUCUUUCUAGGAAGUGCAAAUUAAGCCCUCCACAAAGGGCUAUUUACAGUGCCAGGAAAAGGAGAUCUUCGUGUACUGGCUUAGUUGAACGUAGUGAUUUUUGUUGCUAGGGGAUGUUUUUGUUGUACAACAUUGCCUGCGCAAUCUAAAAAGAGUCUCUUUUGAA